AUGGAUAUUGCAGAUCCGGUGUCUCGAAUUCUGGACGUUUCAGAGAGCCUCAGCGAGGACUUCACCGACAUGGAACAGAAACCAAAUAAUAAAACCAUGCUCAUGUCUCUAUUAUCAGGAAAGCAGAACACCAAGAAGAAACUACGAGGAAGAAGAAAGAAGAUAGAAGGCUCCUUAAAUGAGAUAGCUGACGUUAAUACCAACACCAUGGAGUCUGAUUCGAAAAGUCAUGAAAUUUUGAUCAAGGAAUCCAUUGAUCUGAAGCACAUCGAUCUAUUGGAAGACAUGGUACUUGACAGUGGAGACAACGCAGACAACGCAGACACUUCACUGACAGAAGAGUUAUCAGAGAUCACAGACACGUCGUUUGAUGCCGCUGAGUUUGAGCGGAGGUUGCAGAGCCAGCGCACGUUGGCAGAGCUCGAGCUGAAGGUCUACAAAGAAGGUAAAUCUGUUUCUGCUAUGGACUUGUUGCGUGGUAGAAAAGAAAAACAGGACACCGUGGUCAAAGAGUCCGAUUUGGUCGAGCAUGUUUACCAGGAAGAGCCUGAAAUCGUGGAGGUAGUGGUCAACAAUAUCACAGACCACAUAUUGGUGGAAGACGACCCAGUUAAACUUCUUGAACUGAAGUUUGCAAGCAAGAGAACAGCUGCACGCGACUUGUUUUCGUCCUUCACACCAAAGGCUGUGAAAAAUUCCAAAGGAGAAUGGACAUUGAAGGUGAAGCUUCGAUUGAGUCCACAAAAGUUGGCAGCUGUGAAACAAUUUGAGAAUCCGCUCAUGGCAAAGGGAAACACUGGUCCCUGCCCCACGGGCAAGAGUUUCUUGAACACGUUAAUGAAAACAAAACCAAGUUACGAGGUGACAUUCAAACUUCCCAAAGAUUUUUUACUGGAGAUCAGACGAAUAAGCAACCCGUUAUAUACUAAGAGUUCAGGAAACCAGAAAGGCAAGCCAGCAAACAGUGUUUUCGCAAUGAUGAUGCAAAGCGCGAGCCAGACUGCGCUUCCAAAGUUGACGUCCAUUCAGAGACUCAAAGAACUUUAUCCUCCCACAAUCCCCAAAUCUUCAUUGCAUGUGUGCCCUCCAGACCAAUACAGUUACUCCCUGGAGAGACUUAGAGAGCUACCGUUGAGGUCCGAACGUACACCCCAAAUAGACAUAUCAAAGGAGCUGUUUGACUCCCUCCUAGAAUACAAGGAUACAUUGAACUAUGCAGAAAUCAAGACAGUGAUUUCCGACGAAUUGAAUCUAGAGACCAUCGUCGACCGCAUACCACUUGCAUCAUCUAAUGCCGCCCACAAGCGCAUUCUUGAUGACUUCAUUAUGAAGCAGACAAAUAUAAAAAAUUUGAACUGGCCACAGAAAUUUCAGCCGGCCAAUCUUGAAACACUGCUUUUAAGCGAAUCGUCUCGAACAUUCAUCCGGGACUGGAUUGACAACGCAUUUUCUGUGCUCUCCAUCCAAUCCACCAAGACUCCUAGAAAUGUUAAGCUACGGGAACAAGCCAAGAGACAGAGAAAACGAGAGGCUAAUAUGAGCUUUAUUGUUGAUGAUGAUUUCGAAGAAGAAGAGGACACAGAUGAGGAUAUUUUCGUUCCGGUUCUCAUAAUCAGUGGGGAAACAGGCUCAUGUAAGACAUCCUCAGUGUACGCUGCUUUGAAUGCAUUGAAUGGAUAUGUUCAUGAAAUUAACUCUGGACAGCAGCGUUCUAGAAAGGACUUGUACAGCUCAUUGAAAGAGUUCUGUACCACUCAAAUCAUUCACCAAAACCUGACAGUCGAUGGAACGACAUUUCAAAAGGGAGUGGUUCUAUUUGAGGACUGUGACAUUCUCUUCGAUCAGGACAAGACGUUCUGGACAGUUGUCCAAGACGUUGUCAACUUCUCCAAACGUCCAAUUGUUAUCACAGUAACAGACACUUCUGUCAUUCCUCGUAACAUUUGGGACCUUGCAGAAGAACAGAACUCCAUUGUCAAUCUUCUGAUUCCUGACAAUCAGUCUCUUCAACAAUAUCUCUGGUUGUGUGCGUACAGUUGUGGAUACGACUUAAAAAUUGGCCUUUUAAAGAAGAUUGUUGAUGAUUGCCGUGUCGACACCAGCUAUGACCUCAGGAAGGCUUUGAUGAUCUCUCAGUGGUUGUGUUGCCGAUUAAAUGCACCGGAAGGCAAAAUUACGGAAUUGAAUUACGAAUCCCCACAGCCAACCAAACUGACCAGCAUCGAAGACUUGAAAGCUCUCGCUAAUCGGCUUGAUAAUAUGUCUGCUUCCGAUAUUAUUGGAGAAAAUAGCACAUCCAAAUUCUUGCACGACUCACACGAGAAUGAACUUUUGGAUAUCUAUGUUGUUCAUGACUCUAUGCUUACGAAACAGCCUUCCUUGCAGCACGAACUUAACAUAGGAAAGGAAUUACAGAAAAUGAUACAUGGAGAUAACGAUCGCGAGAUGACAUUAGAAUUUACCCACAAUAAGCUUCGAGCGAUUGUUCUUAAAUUUCUCAGCUCUCGCAAGAAGAAGCUGCCUCGAUUCCUACAAAACCUUCAAAUUCUUCGAACACAGACCCGGAGCAGGUCGUCAUCUGAAUUUGUGGAAGAUGAGCCAGAAUUGCAGCUGUUACCGGAUACAUCAACGUGUUACAGCAUGUCGCACUAUCCGUUCAUUCUAGACCUUGCUCCUUUCGCAAGACUCUGGUGCUGCUUCCAGAAAAUGAUCUUUGCCAUGGAUAUCAAGAGUAUGGAGAAGGGAGAGAACAUCAACCUUGAAAGCUUCUUAGAUUGGCGGAGAUUCUACCAUAAUGUUGACGAAAUCCUCGAGACGUCGCCGUUGAAAAUGACUUAA